AAAGUUAAUAUUGAUAAAAUUAAUAUUAGUAAACUUAGAUUGUUAAAUCAACUCAUUGCUAAGAUUCAUGCUGUUUAUACAGGUAGUAAAGCAUCUAAAGCUGAUUCAGAUAUAGCAAAAGAUCUUAAAGCACAACUACUAUUAAUUAAAAAUAUAUGUAUUAUACUUAAAGCAAAUUUAUAUAUAGAAGCAAAAUUAAUUAAUGGUGUACUAGAAAUGGUCUAUAAUAUUCUAUUUGAAGAUAAUCAGAGCUCACCUUCUCUUUCUAUCAUUGUCUUUAUAGAAUUCGAUAAUUAUAAUAGUUCUGCUGUUGAAUUUACAAAAUAUAAAAAACUUGUCCCAAUUUACUCUAUUCAACAUACCUAA